UUUUGGCCAUAUCCUAACUUGUGUCCUGACGAAGGUAUUUACUGCUAGAUCCUGUUUCCCUCCCACGCACAGGAACUUCAGAUUUGUCUGUUUUUCCGUUCUCUUUCUCUCUGCCCUGUAUCUUAUUUCAACCUUCAUGUGUCACCCUGUUUCUACUGCCCGCUUAUUCUAUUUCUGUCUGAAACUUUGUAUAGUUUAUCCCUUUAAGUCCUUCUAUGCCUGUCUCAUAUCUCACUGUUAGUGCAUCUGUGUUUCAGUGACCCCUAAUACUUUCAAUUUCUUUCUCCCUCUUUGCCUCCAUAUCUCACUCUGUCUGCAUCAGUCUGUCUGCGGCUAGAAAUUAAAUUCUCAAGCAGAUCACGUGUGCAUUAAUGGAUCUAGCAGACGAGUGCUGCCGAAUGUUGAGAGUGUGAAUACGUCAGAGAGGUAAAACAAAAGACGUGCCUGUCAUUUAAUUAUCCUUCUUGUUCUUGGUACUGACUCUCUAGGUCUGCAAGUGAAAGCACAUUAAAAUGUUUAAAUGACUAAGUCUGAACAGUUAUCCAUGGCAUGUCUUGUUGUUAAGGAGCAACAUAUUUCACAAUUCUUGAGACAAACUGCAUCUACAGAUGUGUGUUGAAGCAUCAGAACCAUCCUUAAGACAUGUGCCGUGACAUCAAGAGAACAUGGUUAGACAUUCAAAUUUGAGGCAUGUUAUAAGUUUAGUAAUGUGUGUGAUGAGUGGAUGAUGUGGUUUGGCAGGUCAGCUAUCAAGAGAUAGACAUCUGAUUGGAAACAGGCCACCAGUGAUUUUAAUACCCAAAAGUUGUAAAAAAAAAAAAAAAUUAAAAAUGCUUAAAAUAUGAUAAAAUGUAGAAAAUUGUGGGUAGGGAAGUCAAAAUAUUUUUUUAAAGAAUAAGACAGAUAUGGCCAUAGUGGGAUAAUAUUAUCUGUUUUGAUGUGUGUUGGGAAACGCUUUGAGGUUCAAUGCAGGAUAAAGACAACGGUCAUCUUUACUUUUGUCCUGCUUUGUGAAAAAGGCAUUCCUAAGAUUACCUGCGGGGGGCAGCAAUAGGCUUAGAUGAGUGUUACCAGCCUCAGAUUUCAGCAGAGGAAGAACGCGGAGACGUCACAUGGAGAGAUGAGCAACCAGCAGUAGCUGCUUCACCACUAAUCACACAACAUUAACAUAACUAGCUAGUUCAAGUUAACAUAGCCUGGUCCAAAAUUCGCCUUUCGUCUAUCAUACAUCCGGAAUUGCAAAUCUGCAAGAAACAAACGCAAGAUUCAUAGACGGUGCAAAACGGGAAACAACAUUUCGGUCACACAGUUAUCGUGGCCUCUUCUUGCUUCCAACUGGCAGGCUAUUUUGGCUAACUACCGAAAGCCAACGAUAGCAAACUCUGCUUUGGCUAGCGUCAAGCUAGCCAGCUAGCUAGCUAGCUACUAACAUCGCUAACGGUAGUUAGCUAGCUAGCGAGCUGUAGUAACUUGCGUCAUGGAUGAACUAGUCGUGGAAGUGAGGGGAACAAGUGGGGCCUUUUAUAAGGCCUUUGUGAAGGAUGUUCACGAAGGAUCGGUCACUGUGGCCUUUGAAAACAAUUGGCAGCCAGAGCGUCAGAUCCCGUUCCAGGAUGUGCGUUUUCCUCCUCCAACAGGGUCCUGCAAAGAGAUAAAUGAGAGCGAUGAGGUCGAGGUAUAUUCCAGGGCUAAUGACAAGGAGCCAUGUGGAUGGUGGCUGGCCAAGGUUCGCAUGGUCAAAGGAGAGUUUUACGUAAUAGAGUACGCUGCAUGUGACGCUACAUUAAAUGAGAUAGUGACGCUGGAGCGGUUACGGCCGGUCAAUCCGAAUAAACCAGCCACCAAAAGCACCUUCAUCAAGAUCAGACUGGAUGUACCUGAGGAUCUACGGCAGAUGUGCUCCAAGGAAUCAGCACACAAAGACUUUAAAAAGGCAGUGGGAGCGUUCAGUGUCACCUACGACUCGGAGAAAAAGCAGCUGGUCAUUUUGUCGGUGAAUGAGGUCACAACAAAGCGGGCCAAUAUGAUGAGCGACAUGCACUUCAGGAGCCUCCGCACCAAACUGUCUCUCAUGCAGAGGAACGAAGAGGCCAGCAGACAACUGGAGAGUUCCAGACAGCUGGCGUCACGGUUUCAUGAACAGUUUGCUGUCCGGGAUGAUCUAAUGGGUCUGGCCAUCGGGACUCACGGGGCCAACAUUCAGCAAGCACGUAAAGUCCCUGGAGUCACUAACAUAGACCUGGAUGAGGAGACAUGCACCUUUCACAUAUACGGAGAGGACCAGGAUGCAGUACGCGUUGCCAGGAGUUUUCUGGAAUUCUCUGAAGAUAUCAUCAAAGUUCCCCGGAACUUAGUAGGGAAGGUGAUUGGCAAAAACGGUAAACUGAUCCAGGAAGUGGUUGAUAAGUCUGGGGUGGUGCGGGUUCGUAUUGAGCCUGAGAAUGAUAAAAAGCCCUCAGCAGCAGUGGCAGCAGUGGCAGCAGCAGCAGCAGACGAGGGAAUGGUGCCAUUUGUAUUUGUUGGGACCAAGGAAAGCAUCUCCAAUGCUACAGUACUGCUGGACUACCACCUCAACUACCUUAAGGAGGUGGAUCAGCUUCGUCUGGAGCGUCUUCAGAUUGACGAGCAGCUGAGACAGAUAGGAGGGGGAGGUGGAGGAGGAGGGACGGGGCCUCGGAACCUUAAAGACAAAACCUACGUUUUCGAUAACGGCAUGGGGCUGGGGAUGGGGAGAGGAGCAGGAGGAGGAGGAGGAGGUGGAGGAGGAGGAGGAGGGAAGCCCUACGCAGGAGGGGGAGGAAGAGGUGGCAGAGGGCGAAGAGGAGGAGGAGGUGCAGCUUUCGCCUCAGGCACCAACUCAGAGGCAUCCAACGCUUCAGAGACGGAGUCGGACCACAAAGACGAGCUCAGUGAUUGGUCGCUGGCCCCCACAGAGGAGCUGAUGACAGGAGGCGGGACCCUGCCCAGACGGACAGAUGGGAGGAAGAGAGCAGGCGGAGGAGGGCCCCGGGGACGAGGAGGGAGAGGAAGAGGAGGUGGAGGGUAUAAAGGUGAAGACAUGCAGUGGAGUGAGCCAAGACCUCGUCAUGUGAGAGACCCCAAGACAAGAGCGCAGGAAGACACUCUACAGAUCCGUGUGGACAGUAACAACGAGCGUAGCGUGCAGCACUCCUCAGGGGGGCGAGGAGGAGGAGGGCCUUCCUCAUCCCAGGGUGGCAUCAGUGCCAGCGGUGAGGGCCCGUCUCGCCAUCACCAUCAGAGACCCAUCAGAGACCGAGGGAUGAAGAAGGACAAACAGGACGCUCCUCCGCUGGUGAACGGAGUGUCGUAGAUGCACCACUGGAGGACCUUCUCACUUAGACACACACACACACACACAGGCAACUCGUCAUAAACCAUGGUAGAGUCUCUCUCGCUUUUUCUUUCUCUGUCUUUGUCAAACACAUGAAUACACAUAUUUCAUCAGCAUGGAAGAGUUUACCGUAGAGAAGUCGUAGACCAGAGGUGAUCUGGUAUCUGCCGGUCUGUUCUGUUGAGGUCUUUGAGUGUACUGGUCUGGUUUGUUCUUGACUGGUCUGGUAUCUCCUUUCCUUUGGAGUGACAAAUAAAAGCUACAGCACUUUUUGGACAAAAGGAAAAGAAGAGGAGGGAUUUGACUAAAGCUCAUCUCUCACAGAAGCAUUAACCCCAAACAUGCUUCCCUACCCAUUAAAGGCAAACCAUUGUUUACUGUUUUUUUUUUUUUUUUUUUUUUUUUUUAAUUAACUAAAUUGGAUGAUUGCCCUGUUUGGACUUUCUCACAUCAGAAAAUAGAAUUGGGUCAAACAAGUCAAGGAAAUAAUUGGUUGACAAGGAAACAAGGGAUUACAGCCACUUCAGAAGGCAGGAUGAAAUAUGUGUUCCUUCCCUCCUCCUGCAAAACACUUCAAACAUAUUUUUACGGUAGAUGUUUAUUCUAGAGAAGAUCUUGCAGCACACACUUUUAGGGGGUGGCUUCAGUGUUUCCCUCAGGUUGAGAAUUUAUUUUUGGUGGUAUAAAGCUCCAAAAUCCAACACUUGGGAGUCAGCUGCAGCACAGCAUUGCAAUUAUAAUAUAACUAUACUGAGUAUUGAGUUCAUUAUAUAUAAAUUUCAAAAUACAAAGUCUCUUUCAGAAGUUUUGGUGCCGCCCAAAUAACUUCUACAUAUGGGAAACAGACUGGGAGGAGAUGUUUGUAGAAGGAACUUGGGAUUUUUAGUUUUUUGGAUUGUUAUUUGAACCCUGAUCACCAUGACGACAUUUCAUCAGCAAAUGUAUCAGGAUGAAAUGCGAACAGGUAUGCAUGGGCAACAAAAUUACCUUCUUUUUUUUUCCCUCUUUGCCAAGGUAAUGUAAAAUUUCUUCAGUCAGUUCGACUGUCGGGCUAAACAUGAAUUCAACAACUUAAUAAAAUGGGGAAACAUAAAUCUGAGGCACUCUGGUGCAAAUAAACUGUUAAAAAGCCUUUACAGAUGCAAACAUAGCAACUCCUCCAGGGUACAAAAUGUCAUGCACUGCUGUUUUUAAAAAAUAUUUACCUGUCCUGUGACCAGGUCACAUGACUUGGCCAACAGUGAUUGGGAAUCCACAUUAAAAGCCAGAUGCGAGCGGCGCUACAGCGUUCGAUCCAUUCGAUCCACACAGACGCUCAAUCUCUCAGCCGUCUGUCAGCAGCAGCUCCUGAAGGCACUGUAAGAACAGCGACUGGCCAAACUGUCUGAAAUUUACUGUAUAAAAAAAGUUUUUAAGUAGGCUGCAUGAGGAUUGUACAGGAAGAAAACAGCAUUGUUUUUAUUUCUCGAUUCAUUAAUUUUAUUUCCCCACAUGAGCUGUCCACAGUGAAAGCAGAAAGCUCGCAGUGAAACUGGAGCUUUGAAAACGAGUAUUAUUUUUUGAAAACAACAAAUAGGCUAGAAGCGUAAAAAAACGCGGUUACGUAUGUUCUGUGUGGAUCGGCCUUUACACUUAAAGGAAUCGCACACAAAAAACUAGACACUUAAGUUAGCUACUGUAAAUCUCAAUACAAAAAAAAUGUAGCAGUGGUGAACGGAUUAUGAAUUCAGCAUACAAUGGCCAGACAGAUAAAACCUGUCUGUUCACAAUGUCAAACAGUCAUUAUAAAAUAACUUGUGACUAAUGCCUUUACUACAGUCAUUUAAAAAAAAAAAAAAAAAAAAAAAAAAAAAGCUUUGUGGUACAGAAAAUCCAACCUAACACAUUCAUGGAAACAUGUCUGCAGUGGUUCCCAGCAGCACUGGACCUCUUUUCUUCCCCCCAUCUAUCUCAUUGGUAAACCUGUCGACAGGAGUCCACGUCCUGUACCAGCCUGAUGAGAGCCUUCUCGACCUCAGCAGUGGGAUAAUUCACAAAGAGGGCUUAGAGGCUGGAAGCUAGACUUACUUUGGCUAGUUCCACUUGCUUACAUUUAACAAAUCGUCCUUGGAUGGUGCCAGUUCAAUUAGUACAACAACUUUUGCGUUCAGAAAAACCUAAUCAGGUUGCAGGAUUUAAGGCGCCAACAUAAUGAAUGUAGAACUCCUGUCACCUGAUCACAUGAGCUUUUCUUUAAUUUAUGAAAACCUUCGUAUUUAACCUUUUUGUGUUGCAGUUAGAAAACCUGUUUGAAGUAUUAAUGUAGAAGAAAUGUUUCAUUGAGUUAUACCGUGACAAAAUAAAUUUGGUGUAAGUUUUAUUCUUGCUGGUUUUCCAACUUAUUCUGGGCCCGCCUCUCUUACUGAAACAUUUUGUGUAUUAAUCUUAUUUUCUGUCAGCUGCGUUUUCUAAAUGGUAGGGCAGAGGAGGGAGUCUGACCUCUAACCUUAGUCCCAACAGAUUCACCGAAUUGUAAUCUUGUAAUCAUGAAACUACAAUAUUAGGUCUUGAUUCGGGACCAUAAACAGUGCAAUUUAUUUUUUUUAUGCAUGAUUUGAAUUGUGCAUUGCUCUACUUAAUACUUUUAAAUUGGGGGACUGUGCAUGUCACCUGACUAAGUUUAAAGUCCAUAUAAAGUUUAGUGAAACCGCUCUAAUCCAGAGUCUAAAGUCAGGUUUAAUGAAGCAAGAUUUUCAUCCACAAGUCCAGUUUUCUAAGCCUCCUUUGUGAAGUCUGCUCCGGAUUGAGAGCAAAGUGUUCCCCACAGCCAUGGAGCUGCUGACUCCUCUCGGUCGUAAUGAGGCUUUUUUUGUUUGUUUUUUUGGGGCCUUGGAUUUAUGCUCCUCCUUUUCUGUGAAUUUGGCCCCUUCUAAAAAGCACCUCUGAAUAGAUAAAAGCUUUUUACAGUGUUUCAACCCAGUGUAACACCCCUUCUGUUUGUCUUGCGUGGAUGAUUCUGUGACCCUAUAUGCAUUUGUUUGAAUUCUUUUGGGGUGGCACAGUGGUGUAAGAUGAUUUCUACAGUGUCUGGUACUUCAUUUUGUCCCAGAACAGGUCCAGUCUUCUGUCGUUGCUUUAAACUGCCUUGUGUUUGAGCUCUGUGACACACCGACACAGACUUAAACAAAAAAGAGGAGUAGACAGUCAUGUCAUCCAAUAGCUUAAAGUGAUUUGCCCAAAUAAUGCAGGUUUCCAGACAUCAAAUGAACAUCACAAACAUUAAUGUGUUUAAGCUCUUCAAGCUCUCAUCUUGAGGUGUUCCAACCUGCUGUUCAGACACUGAGAGAGUCACUGACUGCAUGGAAAAAUCCUUCGUGGCAUUAUCAUCAAAAUCAAGAGUACAGUUUAGGUGGCGUGAAGGCCUUUUAAAGAUCAUGUACAUCCUCUGUUGUCCCAAAUUGUAUCCUGAAUUCAAACUGACUGCAGUAACUUGGUGGGCUAGUGUAGAAAGUUUGUGUGCACUUAUGACUGAGGAGAGCAUUACUUUGCAUAAAAAAACUGUUGAAAUGUGAGAGUCACUGUAAAACAAAAAAGAAAAAAAAAAGUUUCUCGAGGUUUCUCUGUGCAUUCGUAGGCUUAUCUGCAUUUCAUGAAAAUACUGUAUUACAUCGUAAUACUGUAUCUCCUCACCUUAACAAAUUAAAGCAGAAUAACUGUGAUCUUCAGUUUUAGUGUUGCUAUGUGCAAAUGUUGUGGAAUCAAGUACUUAACAGGUUAAAUCGACUCAUUUAAUAGCUCUUGUAGCCUAGGACUUGUUCAGGAAUAACCUUGUAAAGUUAGCCCAUGAAUUUUGCAUCCCUGUUUGUGGUGCUCUUAGAGGUUUAUUUUGACAUUUUAGGAAAUACGCUUAUUCGCAUUCUUGCUGAAAGGUAGAUGAGAGGAUUGAUACCACUCUCAUGUCUGUACGGUAAAUCUGAAGCUAGAGCCAGAAGGUGAUUAGCUUAGCUUGGUUUAGUUUAGCUAAAGACUGUUAACAGGGAAUCAGCUAGCCAGCACCUCUAAAGCUCACUAAUUAACAUGUUAUAUCUUGUUUGUUUUAUCUAUACAAAAACUGAAAUGUAAAAACGUGGUUUUAUAGCGUGCUGGAACUAUGUACUUCUUGACCAGGCACAGUGACUUUCUGGCUAGGUGUUUUCCCCUGCUUCCAGUUAUUUGCUAAGCUAACCAUAAUUUUAAAAAAAUAAAUAAAAAAUGCUUUUAUUAGAAGCGUCUUCAGUGAGCACAGCAUAAAAUUACUUUACAGUAGGUUGGAUCCACUUUUAACCAGACACAAAAACUGUGUGAAUAGUCACUGUGCUCCAUCUUCAACAGGUGCUUAAAAUCUUGUGGUAAAAAUGUACACAUAAUACAGGCUGACUUAUCAUUUGGGGGGAAAAACAGUUGUCUCUCAUAGCUGGAAAGCUGCGAAUGCUCAGAGAUACCUCACCAUAUUUUGUGUGACAUGUGCCUUUAAUUGUGGCUAGUAUCACAACCUAGACAUGGAAAUCAGGGAUAAUGAGACGUUGAUAAUGGACCAGAUGUGUAAAGAUGGCUACUUCCUGUUGUGACAUCAUUGAUUCACCCUGGGUCGUCGCUGGCAACGCUGAGUAUUUUUGAGCUUCCUUUAAACUCAAAGGGCGGAUGUUAACUGUACUGGUGAUUUUGGCGCACCAGGAAAAUGCCUGCUUUGACCACCUGAUCCUUUUUAAACACUGAAGGUGUUGUAUCCUUGUACAGUCGACAAACAUAAGCCUGUAGCUUAUGACCUGGUUCAAUUGAUCUGUGAAAUGCAUUCAGUUACUUUUGUACACCAGUGCAGCUCAUGACCUUGAGGAGCUCCUUUGGCGCCUUUGGUUCUGUUCCAAAGCCGAAGACAGCCAUUUCUCCAUACACACCCCCCUUUUUAAAAUGUCAUCUUGAGAUGCAAAUGGUGUGACUCUGUGUAACUUUAUUCUCUCUCUCUUUCCUUCCUGCAAAGUAACUGAAGCAAAUGAAAGGAACUGAAAAGAUUUCCGAGGUUGAGCCAGGUCUUAUCUUUACCAGACAUCAGUGUACCUUUCUAGUCUUGCGAUGCAUGUACAUCUUUAUUAUGGAUUUUGGAGACUUUCUGUAGGUUCGGACACAUCUUUAAAAAAAAAAAAAAAAGACAUACAUAAGUUUAGUUUUUUGAAUCAGUGUUACUUUGUCUCAUUUCUCCUUUGCCUGAGUUCAGCUGGAGUAGCCAGUGAUGAGUUAUUAAUUUUCUGACAACCAUCAACUUAGUCAGUGACACAUGGGAGACUUUUACCUUUAGAAAAUGUCACAAGGAACCGUUAUGUAACAUGAGUAAUGAGUCAUGAAACAAGUUUUUUUUGUUUUUUUUUUAUAUUUUUUUUUUCAAAAGUAUUAUUGGUGUCAAAUUCUUUCUCACUAAUCUGUUAGGACCUUUGCUUUCACUUGCUGUUCACACUGCAGCCAUGUUGCAUUUUUUCCCCAGUAAGCAUUCUCUGCAGUGAAAGUAAACUCUAUAUUGUCAAUAGAGCAUAAACAGUAUGGAGUUGCUUUGUAUUGUAAAAAACAAAAACAUGAUGGAAAAAAGAAGGGCGGGUUGCAUACUGUAUAUAAUGAUGUCAUUAUUUGUCUGAGAAAAGAUUUGUACUAUUGUUUCAAAUGUGUACUUAUCCUGAUAUUUUCUUUUUUUGCUGUUUAUUAUCAGUUAAAUGCUAGAGGUCUUGAUAAUAAACUUAAUGAUGUGUGAAAAAAUAGUAUCCUCUGUAGCAGGGUUGAGCCACACACAGCUGUCAUUAAUAAUGAAAUGUCCAUAGUGCUGCAGAACUUGAAAAACAGCAUUACAUUACAGAAAGAGGGUGAGUUAGUUUUUUUUCUGACAGGGAAAAUCCACUAUAAAACAAUCUAUGAAUGGAAACCCACAUGGGAAUUUUGACUGACAUGGGACUGACAUAAUGACUGAAGGAGAGAACCAGUCCUUUACAAUGUAAAGUUCAUACAGUGGCAUUGUAUAUGAGACAGGCUUGGUUGGCAUGGUGACAGUAUUUUUAAUGGUAGUUUGGGUUCAUUUUCUGGUUAAUGCCAGUUAGCACAAUGAAGUAGGUCCGAUAUGUGCAUUAAAGCUUAAAGUGUUACUCCAUCCAAAUAUAUUAUCAAUUACACCUGUAGGUUUGAUGGCUCUUAAAAGUAGGUAGUUUCAUCCUUAAUAGAGAACAGCAGUUGUGGAUUGGAAAUAAUGUUUUCACAAUGUCCAUAGACAUUUCUCAUCCGACUCUUGCAGCAUAAUCCAUUUGUCUGCUGUCCAGUCGUGCGCUCAGUUGGUCUCAAGCGACAAACUUCAACAGCUCCGUUUGCAAGAUACAAACAGAACUCGUGUCUUUAGCCAUGUUUAGGUGAAAAUGUGAUCAUUUGGAACUUAAAGAUGGGCAGCGGAGAUGUGGAUUGUGGUGCAGGAGUGGUUGGAGAAAUUUCGAUGGACAUUUGGAUACUUAUUUUUCCUGCUGUGAAAAUGUAUCACUGUUGGAAUCCAGUGUAACUGACUGAAAGCAGCAACUUUUAAAGACCACCUUUCAAGCCCACAGGGGUUGAGUAUUUGAUGUUAAAGACAUUUUGGGUGGAUGAGUGUGAAAGUACAUUUGUGACCUUGGGAACAGUAAUUUGACUGUUCAAAAGUCUGUUUACUAGCUUUUUUGAGGGCUUUCAACCACAUCUCAUGGUCUUCCUCGGCAGAUGAAGUUUGCUCAGUUGUCGUAUACAACCAACUGUUAUCACAUGACCAUCACGAUGCCAGUCACUUUUCUUAGGUCACGUUGAGGAGGAUCGUGAGAUGCAGUUAAAAGCUCUGAAAAAAGCUAGCAAGUGGACUUUGAGUUAACAUGUUUUCAUCAAAUGCUCUGUGGAGUGUAAUUUUAAGAUAAACCCCCCAAAUUAUUGCGAGUAGGUUUAAAGGAAUCGAUAGAUAUUUUGGCAAAUACGCUAGAGUUAGAUGAGAUAAUCCAUAUCAAGCUCAUGUACGUGCGCUAACAGCUACAGCCAGGAGGCAGUUAGCUUAGUUUAGCAUAAAGACUGGAAGCCUGGGGAAACAGCUAGCCUUAUUUCGAACACCAACAGAAAUGUAAAAAGUUGUGGUAGUUCGAGCACGCAAGUUCCUGUAAAACUACAACUUGAUGUUUUUACAUUUCUGUUUGUGUACAGAUUCAACAAAUGAGAUAGAGCUUGUUAACACCUUUGCAGGUGUAAGUGGGUAUAUUUUUGAACUUUGGACAGAGCCAGGCUAGCUGUUUACCCCUGCUUCCAGUCUUUAUGCCAAGCUAAGCUAACCCUCUCCUGGCUCCUGAGAGCGGUAUUGAUUGUCUCAUCUAACUCUGUAUUUUCUGUAUUCUGUAACUGUAUUUUCCAAAAUGUAACAAUUCUUUCAACCAUGUAGAGAAAGCACAUAUUGGUCUACCAUCGAGCAUGCAACAUACUGUAGCUUUGGGAAAAGGUUGCCUCCUACAGUAACUGGAGUAACCUAUGUGAAUAAUGUUUUAUGGUGGAUUUUCCCUUUAAUUUUUAGUCACCAGAGUGGUGGAUGAUGACGGGUGUUUCGUUUAGAUUCCUUUAACAUUUUAUUAUACUUUUCUUUUUGACUGGUGUAAAAUUUUCAUAAGGUUAAACCAGCACAGUGCUGGUGGUGAGACUUGUCUCCCAAAACCCAGUUCCCCUUGAACUAACAAAAAGAAACACAUGCAAGUUGGAUGCAUUUGGAAGGUGUUACAGACCUUGGGGCUACAAAGGUCCAACCUUCACAUCAGCUUUGUUGUGUCACGCCAGAGACAAUGUAUUUCUUUGCAUCUGUGGCUGUGCUUCAACCUGCUUGUUGAUGUAUUUUAUUGUGCCUCCAACCACCAGGUUUAGAGUGUAUGUUCGACUUUUUAACUGCUGGAAUUAAACCAACAAAAGCAGUUUAAUGGCUUUUUCAUGCUUUGGUUUGAUUUUUAGGCGCAUUACUAACGAACCGUAAUGCUAGGCCAAGGCUUGUACCAUAGUGGGGGAAAAAAGAUGAGGGAGGAUUGUUGCAUGCUGAUCAGUUGGGGAAUUGGUGCUAAAGAAGCAUUUCUACAAUGGGGAUUUUACUUAAUAGUCUCCUAUAACUGACUGGUUGUGACAUCAUUAUCCAAUCCUGCUGUUUUCCAGUGGCCUACCAUGGAAACAACUAACUGAGAUGAGUACAGUUGAGAUCAUGGCAGAAAAAUAAAUGUAGUGUCUCGUUUGGCAUCUAGCUUCGGAGAUCAUUGCAAAUGUGGUCAUAUGGAGAGUUGCAUGGGAAACAUUUCCCUAGAAGUAGGUUUGUGAACCAUUUGGGAUCCCAAAUCAAAGUUUAAGACAGCAUGUGCACAUUUAAUUCCCAGGAUCAAGCUGUGUACUUUUUUAUUCAUCCUGGUGUGAUUCAAUCUGAUGGCACUGUGAAGAACAAUGCGUCUCGUGUUUGUUGUUUUGGCAUGACCCUGUCCUCAAUGCAAUCCUCUAUCUGCAGUACAUUAGAACAGUACUAUAACAUAUGUAAUUUGGUACUCCAUAAAGUAAAAUGGCACUAUCAAAAGUGUAUACUCCUUAAAGAUGGAUUUUGAAACAGUAAUGCUUCUUUACAAUAGUGAAUCACUGUUAACUCACAUGAAACUUUUCAUAUUGAAACUGAUGACUGGUACUGUAUAUUCUGUUAACUCAUUUCCCAAACAGAUGCUAUGAGGUUGUUCUCAUAAAACUCCAAAAUGUGUCGUCUUCUAGCUAUAUUAUCUCUUACCAACGGAUUAUAUGGAGGGAUUGGAUUAGAGACUUCAGGGCUUCAGACAUUUUGCAUCUUUCCAGCAUCGUCAUUGUAAACGGACUGUUGAAAUAACUGAGUGAAAUUAAUUUUGAUUUACAGAAAAUUAGUUUUGCAGUUUUCCAGCUGUUAACAUAAUGAAAAGUUUCAUGUCAGUUGACAAUUUUAAGUUGUAGGGUUGUUCACUGUUUGUAUGUUGAGGGUGCUUUUCUUUAUAUUCAACCGUCGUGAUUGUCUCGAAAGGUGUGCUGUUCUAAUGUUCUGGUGUACAGAGUGUAUUUUUUACCCAUGAUCCAAUGGGUUCCAGAAGGGGAAUGCUAGUGAUUUAAUCUGCAUUUGGCGUGAAUGACGUUCAUUCUUCAUCAGCCCCAUGGGAUGCUCAUAUCUGAACGAGGCAUUAGACUUGAAUUAACCAAUUCUUACUCUUAAAGCUACAACACUGUGUUGUGUUGUCUUGCAAAUGUAGUCAGGUGCCUGAAGUAUAGACCCAACCAUCUCCACAAAACUUGAUUUUGACUUGAUAUCCCAAAAGAGAUACUUUCCAAACAAGAACAAAUAUGGUCUAUGUUAAACAUGCAAUGAUAAUGCAGAAAGCACAAGAAUUUUAAUCGGGGAGUCCCAGUUCAGUUCAGAAACUUUCAAUCCUUUUAACUGUAAAAGUCUCCCAUAUGACCCUUUUGCAUCCCUCCUGCACUAAGCCUUUAGUCCAGUUGGGGUUGCAACAUGGUUCAUGUGGAACCAACAUAAGAUAAGAUCACCCAAAAAUUUCCUUGUCGUUGCUCACCAGUCCACAGCAGUCAUUUAUUCGCAGAAUGUAUAUAACAUCCACAAAUACUAACUAGACUCUACUGUGGGGCUGUUCAACAGUAGAGUGCCAGAAAGUGAAGACACGCAGAGAAUCUGUAGAUACUUAAACCAGGGUAGUCAAAAAAGCUGUAAACCUUGUGUGCACUUUUGGGCAUUUUUUGUUUCCUUUUGUACAUACUACUAACAUUUAAGAUGUUUGGGUUGACAUGUCUGGUUAUAGUGCAAUAUAUUUUGUAUGCAAGCAGUUUCAAUAAAUAAAGGUCGAUCUUCCUCCGUGA